AUGGCAGGUGGUGAUGGUGCAGGUGGAGGUGGUGGUGAUGGUGCAGUGGGGAUGCUGGUGCUAGUGGUGGAGGUGCUGGUGAUGGUGGAGGGGAUGGUAGUAGAGGAUGGUAUCCACAGCACAGGGAACAGCAUAUGCAAAGGGUCUGUGUGGUCAGAAAAGGUAACAUACUUGAAUUUAUCCAGUGUCAAACUAUACAAUCUAACUCUCAAUGUUUCCCAGACACUAGGCAUAUUAGAUGUUAGCAAUAUGUCUUUUAUUUUGUCACAUCUUAAAGAACUUUACAUUUUCAGGUACAUGUCGAAGAUGCUCCCAGGUACUUCCUUCUUCUUGGAAAGUAAGCAAGAAAAUAAAACUUUCUCUAAGGAGCAACUUGAUUCUUUUCAAAAACUGAAGACUUUGGAAGCUGGUGGCAACAGUUUCGUUUGCUCCUGUGACUUCCUGUCUUUCACACAGGGGCAGCAGGCCCUGGCCCAGGUCCUGAUCGACUGGCCAGAAGAAUACCUGUGUGACUCUCCAUCCUCCGUGCGGGGCCAGCGGGUUCAGGACACCCGGCUCUCGCCUUCUGAAUGCCACAGGGCAGCCGUGGUGUCUGCCGUGUGCUGUGCCCUUUUCCUGUCGUUCCUGCUCGUGGGAGUUCUGUGCCACCAUUUCCACGGACUGUGGUACAUGAAGAUGAUGUGGGCCUGGCUCCAGGCCAAGAGGAAGCCCAGGAAGGCUCCCCGCAGGGACAUCUGCUAUGACGCCUUUGUGUCCUACAGUGAACGGGAUUCCUACUGGGUGGAGAACCUCAUGGUCCAGGAGCUGGAGCACUUCAGACCUCCCUUUAAGUUGUGUCUUCACAAGCGGGACUUCAUUCCUGGCAAGUGGAUUAUAGACAAUAUCAUUGACUCCAUUGAAAAGAGCCACAAAACCAUCUUUGUGCUUUCUGAGAACUUUGUGAAGAGUGAGUAGUGCAAGUACGAGCUGGACUUCUCCCAUUUUCGUCUCUUUGAUGAGAACGACGAUGCUGCCAUUCUCAUUCUGCUGGAGCCCAUUGAGAAAAAGGCCAUCCCCAGCAGGAAGGGUUUCAGUUGAAGAACAAUUCUAGUUUUU